AUGGCCGCCGGCAGUGCGCGCAUCGUGAGAUAUAUUCUCUUCGCCUUCUUCUUUCUAGCAGUCCUUUAUUUCGUAUCCCACUCAUCAUAUGAUGGAGUACCACAACUAAAACCCUCGACAUUCGGCGUCGGUAAAGGUUCAUCACAAUCCACAAAGCCCGAGAAGCAAGCAGGCGAUGUUGGUGGAGUCUCCUCUAGUUGGAGUGGCAAGUCUGACGACUCGGCGAAGAGCACGCCUGGUUCCACUAAGGGUUCAACAUCGAAGCCGGCCACUGGAACUCCGAAGCAAUUCGAGGAUCUCGCCGAGGCCCCGAUGGCCCUAUCGCCCUCUGACCAAGGAUGGGAUGAGCUUUUAGGAACUGCCCCUGGCCCUCGUAUGAACGCUACUUUCGUCAGUCUUGCUCGCAAUAGUGAUGUGUGGGAGAUUGCUCGUUCCAUUCGUCAAGUCGAGGAUCGCUUCAAUCGCCGAUACAACUACGAUUGGGUCUUCCUGAAUGAUAAGCCGUUCGAUGCUACGUUCAAGAAGGUCACCAGCUCUCUCGUUUCCGGAAAGACGUACUAUGGCGAAAUUCCCCACGAGCAUUGGUCAUACCCCGACCAUAUCGACCAGGACAAAGCGCGCAAGGUCCGUGAGGAUAUGGCGCAGCGAAAGAUUAUCUACGGCGACUCCGUCAGCUACCGACACAUGUGCCGCUUCGAGUCCGGCUUCUUCUUCCGUCAACCGCUGAUGAUGAAUUACGAAUACUACUGGAGAGUCGAGCCUAGCAUUGAGCUUUUCUGUGAUAUUCACUAUGAUCCCUUCCGCUUCAUGGCCGAGAACAAGAAGAAGUACAGUUUCGUCCUUAGCUUGUACGAAUAUGUCGAGACCAUCCCCACACUAUGGGACAGCGUCAAGAAAUUCAUGAAGAAUUAUCCCGAGCACAUUGCUGAGGGCAACUCCAUGGGCUUCUUGAGUGAUGAUGGCGGUGAGACUUACAACCACUGCCAUUUCUGGUCUAACUUCGAGGUCGGUAACCUGGAAUGGUUGCGAUCCAAGGCAUAUAUCGACUUCUUUGAGUCACUUGACAUGGAUGGCGGCUUCUUCUACGAGCGAUGGGGUGACGCACCAGUCCACUCCAUUGCCGCUGCUCUUUUGUUAAAGAAGGAAGAGGUCCAUUUCUUCAACGAUAUUGCAUACUACCAUGUCCCCUUUACCCAUUGUCCAACUGGUGAGAAGACGCGAUUGGAUCUUCGUUGCCACUGCAAUCCUAAGGAGAACUUUGACUGGAAAGGAUACUCUUGCACUUCGAGAUACUUUGAAGUCAACGGGCUGGAGAAGCCGCAAGGUUAUGAGAACCAACAGGACUAG